AUGGCCUCGCCAUCCGACCCAUGGUUGGACUACCUGCGGAACCAAGGCCGCAGUGACGCAUCCGCGAGAACACCCGCGGCGACAACGGCCGGACUCGGCCCACCACCUGGACUGAGCACGGCGGGGCCACCACUUUCCUUUGGACCUUCCUCAGGACCGACGCCCAAUGCGCACCACAUGCAGCACACCGCCGACGGCACGAGUGCCCAGAAUCAGAACUUCGGCAUGAAUGCCCAGAGCGCGAACUUCGGCUUGAACACGCCGAACUUGCUCUACGGCAUGAACGCCCAGAACAUGACCUUUGGCGUGAACGCCCCGAACGUGCACACCGGCAUGAAUGCCCAGAACUUGCCCUUCGGCGCGAACACCCAGAACUUGCCCUUCAGCUUGAACACCCCUUGCCCCAAUGCGAAUCCUUUGCCCGCCACGAACGUGGACCCCGGCACCCAGAUGAACGCAGCUACCUUUGCCUCAGCCAUAGGCUCUGGCCUUUCUGGAAGUCCUCAACGAGUAGUUCAUUCUGCAAUGGACAUGCUGGGAAAACCUUCCCUGCCGGGAGGUCAUGCUGCUCAUCCUCAAGGACGACUGUCGGGAGACGCGCUGAUAGCCCAGGCGCUGAGUCAGGCCCUCUCCGGUGAAAAGAGGCCGAUUCCUUGCUGGAAUGGAGCUACGACCACGCUCCGUUCAUGGUUGAAACUCUUGGCGCUGUGGGAGCAUGAGAGCCAGAUCCCGCAGGACAAGAGAGGCAUCAAGCUCUUGCAGAGCUUUCCGGAGGGCUCUCAGCCCAGGCGUAUCGCCGACACCGUGCCCACGGACAUCCUGAUCUCCGCACAGGGCUACUCGGCGAUCCUCUCGAAGCUUUUGGAGAAGUACGGCCCCUUCUUGGAAGCCACAGGCCCGCAGGCCGUCGACAAGUUCCUAUUCGAAGGAGAGCGCGGACGAGGUGAAUCAUUUUCAUCCUUCGUGGCAACGAAGGAGCUGGCUCGACAGGAGAUGGAAUCCCACCUCGGGGAACAUGUCAGCGACAGGCUUUGCGGGCGGAUCCUCUUGAAGCAGGCCAACCUCAACGAGCUCCAGAGGGAACUCGUUAGUCUGAAAGGACCGAUGAUGCGGACCUUUGAUGAGGUGGCCAACAUGCUCAGACCGUUGGACAGGCCGGAGGCACUUGCUCGACCUGACAACGCUGGUGGACGACCUCGACGAGCCUACUUCGCGAGCCCCGAGCACGCUAAUGCGGACGACCACAUGGAGGACGAUCAGAACGAGCGCGGCUACACCAAGCGCGACAACUACAACCGGCCCUUUGGAGGAAAGAGAACCUUCCAAAAGGGAAAAUGGAACAAGGGCGGCAAAUCCAAGUUCAGCCGGAAGGGGAAGCCGAGCGAGGCUUUGGUGGACACCGCCGCCGAGGACGCUGUGAUCGGAUCGAACGCGAUGAACAGGUUGCAUGGCUCUCUUCGGGCCAUGGGAUUGCGAGCCAUUCCAGCGACUGGUGUGGAACUUCCUGGCGCUGGAGGCAUUGGCGGAGCAGCUGUGGUGCAAUCGAUGAUGGAUGUGCCUAUUGGCGUUGCUGGCCAUAACUGCAUCCUCAGGUUUACGGUGCUGAAGGACACCGGGGAGUUUGAGACACCCCCCCUGCUGCCGGUGAGUUUCCUGGAGACGAUGGACACCAUCAUCGACUUCCAGAAGAGCGAGUGCGUUAUUGGCGGCAACACCGUUGAGAUGCUCAGAUUGCCCACCGGACAUCGCGCCAUCGACAUUUUGCAGUACCAUCCCGACGGUUGGAAUUUGCCAACCGAGAUGCGAAAGAACCCCGACCUGGACCCAUUUGUGCUUCCAUCCCACACUUCAUCGGCGACGGUCUCUAUGGUGUCAGUGUGGCUUCAACGAGCAGAUGAUAAAGUUUUUGUGCAAGCUCUACCUGGCGGGCGCCUGCCCAUGAUUGUGCCCGCGGAUUGCAGUGGACUGCCUCCGAAGCACAUCACUCGCCGCCGCACAUCACAUGUCGUGUUCGAUGACGGCAGCGAGAUCACCAUCGAUGACGACUGGCAGACGCAGCACGCCCAUAGAGAGCUUCAGCAGCCCUGGCACGGCAGUGCGAUGCAAGUGCUCCCGCUGGUGAUGAUUUUGGCGCUGAUGGGCCCUGGGGACCGAAUGGACCUUAUGCCCGGGGAAGCGCUUUUUCUAGCUACCAACCGCCAUCACGAAGCGGUCGGAACCGACAGCCAGACGCGCACCCCAGGAAAACCGGUCACCAACAAUCAGAGGCUGCUCAUUUUGACAUCUCUGAGAAUGGAAGCCAGUUUGGACCGAGCGAUCACGGUGCGGGUCAUGAUCUCUAUGUACCGCCGCAGCCACUUCCCAUGCUCAAGUGGCUAUUCAAUCAAGCUCGACAAUUCGUGGUCGGCCAUGGCAUCGCUGAAGGACCGCAUCAACAAGAUGGUCCAUGCCAAGGAUCCGACCGUCCCCAAGGAGCCGAAUCCGCAAAGGGCGAAAAAUGCUUGGCGAAGGAUGACCCUCGCGAUCUUCACCCUGAUCAAGGCAGCCACCGAUCAGCUGGUGGUGGACUACCUGGUGAAGUCAAGAAAGGUGGAGGAAGAGUUGGGAGCCGUGAGUCAGACGACCAUGAAGAAGCAGACCACGAAGAACGUCUCGCAGCAACCCCUCACGCGCUCCAAAGCCCAGAAGAAUUGGGUCCACGAGCCGGAUGUCUGUCCUCACGUUCAGGAGUACCUACGUCACCGAGCAGGUCGAGGCUACUUCUGGUGGACAUGCCUGCAGUGCGGUUCGCGCUGGGAGAGGAAUCAGUUGGAGGAGACAACUGCCGGGAGCAGCAGCAGCAGCCAUCUGGUGGUCGAGAAGCCGCUCAAGGGCUCCUACCCGGAGUAUCUCCCACCGCCUCGCUAUCGCACGGACAUGAACAAACUGGUCAAGGUCACCACCAAGGAGAGCGACAACGUCCCAAAGUCCCAGGGGAGCAUCCUGGCCACGGAGAUCAAGAACCAGGCGACGGCGAUGCUCGAGGACCAGUUCAACCGGGACACCGAGAACGCGAAUGCGGGUCCGGACGGCACGAUCACGGAGAAGAACAACGGGAAGGGAAAUUGCCGAUCGAAGAAUCGAACUCUGACAGGAGUUCUUCCAUGCCGCCGCUCAAAGACUCCCACAAGGAAGAGCGCCGUGGACACCGAGAUCUACGAGCUGAACACGGACUCGGACACCCUGGGAGACAUGGAGAUGGUGGACCCAGCACCGGCCAAGCAGGAGUGGAGCCAUCACUACUUCGAGAACGAGGACUACGGCAAGAUCACGGACUCCACCUGUUAUGAGGCCUACUGGAUAUUCCCAUGUACUACGAGCAAUGCCGCAUGGUCACUAGAGGACCAGGAAUGGAGAAGCGUGCCUAGGAACAUCACCAAGGAGAUCAAGAAGCUAGUCUACACCAGCACCCACAACCUGCUGGGCGAGUUCGGCGUCGACAUUAUGGAGAUCUACAGCCCUCCGCGAGUGACCAAGAUGGCGAGGUCACAGAACGGUCAAUGGAGGAUUGGAGGUGCUUUGGACCUCACCACCGGCUACAACUUCUGUGAUCCCCAGUGUCGGGCAGACACUCGGAGGCAAGUCAAGGAGCUGAAGCCUGCGCUGAUCACGCUGUCGCCGCCAUGCACAAGCUUCUCCCUUUUGAGACAGUUGAGCAACUACCGCAGGGACCCCGAGACGGUGAUUGCUGAGCAAGAAGAAGGAGAUCUACACUGGGACUUCGCUCUCAGCAUCGCGGAGUACCAAGAUGACAACCGUCGCGGGUUCCUACUGGAACACCCGCGGGGAGCAUCAUCCUGGCGGUCGGAGAGGGCUCAAAGGCUGAUGCAGAGACCCACCGUGUUUUGCAUCCAUCUGGACAUGUGCGCCUUUCAGCUGACCACCACGAAGGAGAACCUUCCCGCGAAGAAACCGACACGACUGCUGACCAACGUGUGGCCAUUGGUCAAAUUGCUGGCCAAACGUUGCCCAGGCCAUGAAGUGCAUCAACCUCUCAUUGGAGGACGGGCUGGACCUACUGCGGUCUACACCGACGCCUUCGUCAAGGCCAUCCUCAAAGGACUACGACGUCAUUUGCAGCACCUCGGUGUCUACGCCCAGGUCAACCCUCCUCACGAACUACCAUCACAAGCAAUCGCAGCACUUUCAACGUGGCAUCAGCAGAAAGCAGACAACGAGGCCAAUCGAUUGGCUUCCGUCUUGGCCACGUUCAUCCAGAACGAGGCCGAGUUUCAGGACGAACUGGAGGUCUAUUUGCUACAUUGCUUUCCAUCACACAGAAUUUUGGGAGGCGCAGAUUCAUCAUCGCCUACGGUGGCCGCUUCGCGACCUCUUGCUCGACCAGCAAUUGAUGACGAUGUGGAAACCGACCCUGUGAUGCAAAGCGCAUCGCGUCAACUGGUCCCCAUCGGCGAGGGCGAGAACAUUCAGAAGGCCGCCGACAAGAUCGACACUUGGCAGAAAGCAGAGACCGGACAAUGGUCUCUGGCACCAGACCUCCGACGAGAACUCUACCGUCUACAUCGAAACCUCGGACACCCAGACCGACAAGCCUUCGUGCGUGGUCUUAGGCAUGCCAGCGCCAAGGAAGAGGUGAUCAACUGGGCAAAGCGCUACUUCAACUGCCCGCUGUGUGAGGCCCGACAGAAACCCACACUUCCACGACCCGGUCAUCUGGUGCGACAGAUGGAGUUCAACCAGGUGGUCGGCAUCGACACCUUCUUCUACCCCUUCCAGGAGGUGACCUUGAACUUCCUGAACAUCUUGUGUUGGGGAUCCGGUCUGCAGAUCGUGGAGGAGAUGCCCCAGAAGACAGGCUUCGACACGUUUGAGACCUUCUGCAGGACCUGGCUGACCCACUAUGGACCACCCGGUGUCCUGGUCAUCGACCAGGGAACCGAGUACACCUCCCAGGAGUUCCUUGGCAGAUUGUCAGACAUGGGCCUCAUGAUCCAUGUGAUUGACGCCCGGGCCCCAUGGCAGAAUGGGAGAACCGAAAAGGCUGGAGGCCUGUUCAAGGAGAAGCUGUCCCUCACCUUGCAGGAGAUCCAGGCGACCAGCAAGAGCGAAUUCGAUCAAUGCGUGCGAGAAGUGCAGAUCAACCGCAACAGGUACUACAACCGGAGCGGGUUCAGCCCGUAUCAGAGAGUGUUCGGCUACAACCCGAGAUUGCCGGCAUCCCUGGCAUCCGAUGACCUGUUGGACUCCGAGCUGGUGCACCAGGGAGCAAGUGGCCCCGUCAAGAGAGCGUGGGAAAUCAGAGACGCUGCCAGCCAAGCCUGGAUGAGAAACAAGGACGCCGAGAUGGUCAGCUCUGCUGUGCGAAAAAGGACGCGGAUCUCCGACGCGAAGAAGCUGAACAUCGGCGACUGGGUCUACGUCUGGCGAGACACGGACAAGUACAACGGCUGGAGCGGACCCGGAAUCAUCCUCGCGGAGAGCCCCAACGGCAACUCGCUGUGGAUCAGCCUGAGAGGACAUUUGGUGAAAGCCUCUCGUGAACAAGUGCGUCCGGCUACUGCGGAAGAGCAUCUUGGUGCUGAACUCAUUCAGGAGCUCUCGCAGGAGAUGAUUAAGGACAUUCACACUGGCAAGGUGAAACACUAUCACGACAUCGAGCAGGAAGGUGGCCCCGGUGACCAACGGCAAUUGGAGAUGCCCAUCGAGGCCAUAGAAAACGUCCCUGCUCCCGAAGAGUCACAACAGCCAGUCCAAGAACCUCAAGCACUACCAGCACCGGUGGAUAACAACGUAGACGGAGAUGAGUUAGAUCAUGCCAACGUGGAGGCCGAGAACCAACCUCACGCACCUCAACCAACAGCGGAAGACAUGGAGGUCGAGGCCGGAGAUCGAGAGAGCACCCGACCGCCGUCCUCAUCACGACCUACCAGCAGACCAACUACGCCAGUUAUGAGCAGAAGAUCUACCGUGGUGGUGGACGAAGGCAGUGGCGGAACAACCAGCAUUCCUUACGGACCUCAACGAGCUCCACCGGAAUCAAGAGCCAUGCCUUAUCCCUUCGAUGGAGCUACUCCAGCGUGGCCUACCCCACCGGCAAGAUCAUUCUUCAUGCAGGCGGUGGACUUCGAGGAGGUUGAGCACGGCAAGGACGGAGCAGCGUGGUGGACCAACCAGCGGAUGGGAACUUCGGGAAUCACCCCCAAGGGCAAGGAGACGUUCGACAUCGCGAACUCGGAGGCGAGCUACAGCCAUCGGGACCGGUGCAUGUACCUCGCCAAGGCCAAGACAUCCCCUGGUCAGGUCACCUUCAACCAGCUCGGGAACGAACACAAGAAAAUCUUCAGAGGCGCCCGAGCAAAGGAACUCCAGUCCCUGCUCGACACGAAGUCCAUCACCAUCCUCUCCAAGAAGGAGUCGGAGGAGUUCCGCAGGAACUACCCGGAAGGUGUGUUGGAAUCCAGGUUCGUGGAUCGGUGGAAACCCUCUGGCAAGUUUGCAGUGCUGCCGGAGGAGUACGGCAACGCCAACUUCGACCCCGCCAAGCACGAGGGCCUGGCAGCGAAGUCGCGCUGGUGCGUUGUCGGAUGGCAGGACCCUCAGAUCCACGAGAUUGAGAGAUCGGCCCCCACACCGAUAACCUCAUCGCUGUACCUUUUCUUCCAGCUAGCAGCAUCACGAAAAUGGGGAGCCAGAGUGAAGGACGCGAAAACAGCCUUCUUGCAGUCAAUGCCAACCACGAGGAAGAAACGAUUGGCGUGCACCAUGCCCAAGGACGAAGCCUUCAGCGGCUACAGCGACGACCAGUUGAUCAUGCUCAACACGGAAGUCUAUGGGCUGGUCUCAGGACCCGCAUGGUGGAGACGCUCAUUCCUCGAGGUGUUGGUGAAGGAGCUUGGGUACCGCAUCAAUCCGUACGACCGAUGCGUGUUGACCCUGGAUGCAGAAGAGCGAGGUGAACAGGUUCCCACUCGAGGAGCCAUCGUGAUUGAAGUGGACGACGUCCUGGAGGCCGGCGAUGAAGAACAUCGACGGCGUAUGAAAGUGCUCGAGGAGAAGUUGCGCUUCGGCAAGGCGGUGGAACUGCAGUCGGAGGACCUCGGCACGGGCUACGCGGGACGUCGCAUCAGACAGGAGCAAGACUGCUCAUUCACUCACUCCAUGCAGGACUACGUCCAGAACCGCCUCAAGCAGGUGAUCCUGGAGAACAAGACGCUGAAGAAGAACGCCAGCGAGGUUCCGUUGACAGCCAACGAGGAGACGCAGCUGCGGGGGACAAUAGCGUCCAUAAACUGGAUUGCCCGUGAGGGCAGACCUGACGCUUCAGCAGCCGCGAGCAUCCUUGCCGGAUGCUUCCCAAACCCCACUGCCGAGAAUGCGUUGGAGGCGAAUAGAGUGGUGAACAAGAUCAAGGGCCACAAUGUCGUGCUCCGCAUUUUCAGCAUCCCCGAGGACAAGAUCCGCCACAUCUUGAUCGCGGAUAGCUCCUAUGACCCGUCAGGCAAGCAGAAGCCGCAGCAUGGAUGGUUGCAGGGCAUCACCGAUGACACCUUGAGUCAGGGAGCCUCUGCACCUAUCUCCUUGAUGUCAUGGCGCUCUCGGAGAUUGCGGAGGAAAGCUGGAUCGACCAUGCUGUGCGAAGCAAUUUCCAUGGCAACCGCAUUGGGCGCCAUGGAGAAGCAGGUAGCAAUGCUGGAGUCUCUGAGGUGGUCGAGGUACAGCCCUCGAAAGCACGCUGAACGUGACGAUGACGGCGGUCUUCACGGGACCCCCACGGUCAUUGCCUCGGAGAACCCAAGGUUCGCUGACCCGAACCUGGUGGCCAUCAUCGACGCCAAGUCGGUGUACGACGCCACACACUCAGAGCAGGCGCAGGGAGAAGACGACCGCAGCGCUCUCGAGAUCGCAGUGAUCAAGGAGAGCCUCGCGAAGAUGCAGGGCAGGAUCAGGUGGCUGCCCCACAACUUCAACCCGGCAGACGUGCUGACGAAGAUGAUCGGCGCUCAUGAGGAGCCAAUGUUUGCUUUGCUGAGGAACUGCCGGCUUCGAAUAGAAGCUGAAGCAGAUCACCUCGCAUCUGGUCGUCAGGGCGACCAUAGGAAGAAAUCCACGGUCAACCCAAAGAUAAUUUUGGGGGCUGAGGAAACCACUUAA